CUUUUUUCUUUCUGUUUAUUAUUAUUUAAAAUGACUCAAACAUUAACAUCUAAAGCCUUCAUUUUUGACCUUGAUGGAACUAUUAUUGAUACUACUCCUCAAGUAGUCAAAUUUUGGACAGAACUUGCUAUUCAGAAUGGCUUGGACCCUGAACAGAUUCUUGCUACUUCACAUGGAAGACGAACAAUUGAAACCUUGGAACGUUGGAUGCCUCAUUUAGCUACAAAUGAAUAUGUCAUUGAGCUUGAGACUAAACUGGCACAACAAAAGGAAGGCGUAUCUAUCCUUCCUGGUGUUUUGAAUCUUUUUGAGGCGAUUUCCCCAGAUGAUUGGACAAUUAAUACUGCGAGUACACACAUGAUGGCAACCGCUCGAUUAUUACAAUUUGAGAUAAAAGCACCUAAAGAAAUGGCUACAGGGGAUAAAUUAACCUUUGGUAAACCUCAUCCAGAAGGGUAUUUAUUAGCUGCAAAGUUAAUCAAUAGAGAUCCAAAGGACUGUUUGGUAUUUGAAGACGCCCCAGCGGGUGUUAAGGCUGCUAUUGCUGCUGGAAUGCAGUGUGUAGCAUGUACGACUACUCAUACUGUCGAGCAAUUGAAAGAUGCUGGUGCAACGAUUAUUGUUGAUUAUCUGAGUAAUGUUCGUAUUGAAAAGCAAUCAGAUGGCACAUACCACACUAUUAUAAAUAAUGCCCUUGCCUGAAUAAAGAAAGAAAUGUAGAACCAUAAACA